AUGAGUGAACAACUCGACCUUCAGGCCGUUCUGCAGAAUGGCUACUUCAAAACAUCGCGAGCAAAGCCUGCGCAACACGGGCAAUCUCCAUCCCUGACAUCACAAUCAGACAGCUCCCCACCGCCGCUCGACUUUGUGCUUGCGGACGACCCUUCUCGCUACGAACAAGAACGAGCAUUGGCAGUCGCGGACCCGCGACGACCACGCACGCGACCACCACCGCCGCCGACAUGCGAAGACGAGGCAGAGGCGCUGGCCAAGGAGUUUGGGUCCCUGUGCACCGACACAUCGGCAGAAGAACCUCGGUCGCGGGGUGACUUUGAGCAACACCCGAUUCUCCUUGAGGUACACGAGCACAAUCCCGAGCGCCGCUUUGUGCUCGUUCCCGACUCGCCUGAACCUACUGCACCUACUGCACCAGCGGAGAGCCAGAACAAAGACGAGGGAUCAGACGCGGAGAGGCGUCGCAAGAUCCAGUCCGAUAGCGAGCCGCCACGUAAUCCACAUGCUGAUCGCAAGUAUGAGCCUGUCUUUGACGAGAACCUCACGGCGGAGCCACGACCUGCCAAUCCUCGUAGAAGGAGCAGGCAGGAUCUGCCACCGUUGGAUACAGCAUACCGAAAAGAACGCACAAAGUCUGCCGUUGGUCCUCGGCCAGAGGCCUUUUCUGCAAGGCCCGGGGUAUCUCAUAAGGAGGACUUGUUAACGCCGGACUCAGUGAGGAAUGGCUCCAGCCGACGCGACAGGGUCUACUACGAGACUGCAUCGUCCACUACGGGACCGCGGCGCAUGGCUCACCAGAAGAGCUUCACCAACCUGACCGAUGACCGGAGAAGAGACAGGCCACAGCGACGCGAAAGCCUGAGCCCAGGUCGUGGCAUGCGCUCGGAAUCAAACCCCGAUGCUAGAAAGUCAAGACGAAAGGCGUCUGUCGACCGGAGCGAACCAAGGUACAGGGACGAGCCGCUGGGAGUCCGCGGCAGCAGGCGGGAGAGCCAGCUGCCCCCAAGACGGCCUGAGGAGCCGACCCCUGUGACAGCAUCUUCGCAAAGGCCGAGGGGCCCCAGGCCACGGCGGGAAGGCAGCCGAUCGAGCGAUGAGAAAGAGGCAAGCUCGGCACCUACCUCGAAUCGUCCGCGCGGCAAGUCGACAUCGGUGCACCAGGACAGUGAACCGCACCAUGUCUCCGAAAAGGAACGAGCACGCUGGGUCGACGAUCGAUCUCGCUCACGAGAUCCCUCUGCGACAACCCAAGCCACGCCCAUGGUGGGCGCUCGCGAACCUCCCAUGUACCCGAGGGCUUCUGCAACGUUCCCCAUUGCGGGUGACUUUCAUCGCCCGUACCCGGAUGAUAUCGCUUCGGGCAGACCACCUCGCGUACCACCGCAUGCUAGCCAACCAGCACCAUCCGCUUCCACGCCGGCCGUGCCUCUACCAGCGUCGGUACCAAUGGAAAGCAGCUUCGACAGCACAGCCUCGGGCACGCAGGGUUCUGCCGCUUCCAAUACGUGGCCCCCUCAAGCAUUUGAUCCCGAGCGUGACGGGGUACCGACAGACAAGCAGCCAGCGAGUAAAGACAUGGGUUCUUACCGACGCUAUUCUGAGGGACACGCCCUCGAUAGCAUGCCUCGAUUCCCGGAAUGUCCUCGCAAGGAGCCCGUUGCAGGCAAAAUGGAUUGGCUCACGCUCCCGCACUCAGACCUUAACGUAUGCCCCGACUGCUACCAGGCUGUAUUCGCCAACACUGAAUUCCGCACCCAAUUCCAACCCAUGCUGCGGCCGACCGACCGGCCGCUGGCGUGCGAUUUUGGCUCGUCACCUUGGUAUCGCAUCGCGUACCUGCUCACGCUGAAGAACGAGCACUCGGACCUGAGGCUGUUCCACCAGGUGGAUAACGUUGCGGUUGCGUCACGCAACCAGCCGUGUCCUGGAAGCCGCAAGGCGCACAGGAACUGGUUCACCGUGAGAGACCCGUACAAACGACGGACAGUCCCGAACUUCACCGUCUGCUACCGAUGCGCCAAGACGUUGGAGGUACUGCUUCCCAACCUCAUGGGGACGCUCGUCCCCGAUUCACGGCCCGAGCCCCCUCCUAGUGUGUGCGCUCUGCAUUUCAAGCCGCAGCGUCGACGAUUUGCCCUAUACUUUGACAUCUUUGAAACAACAGCCGACAGGGCCGUGAGUAACAAUGAGCCGCCCGACGUCAGCGCCCUCGCGUCCAAGAUCGAGCGGCUGAGUGCGGUCGAGGAGUGCCGCGAAGAUACCCCGAUACCGAACGCGUACUGGCACACGAUGCAGUACUUGCCGGAGCUCACCGUGUGCAGCGACUGCUUUAACGAGGUGGUGCGGCCGAGGAUCAGCUCCGAUCUCCUGGCGCGCAAUUUUUACAAGGACCCGCAACGACUCCAGCUGGCCACCUGCCAGCUGUACUCGGAGAGGAUGAGAGAGAUCUUCAGCAAGGCCUGUCGGCGCAACGACUCCAAGUACCUGCGCGCCAAGGUCAUUGAGCGAAUGCAGGUGGAGAUGGAUAUACACGCCAAGUUGGUGAAGCUUGACAGAGGGGGGCACGAUGACGCGUAUACAGAGGAACAAGUUGCCAAGCUAAUCAGCGAAUGGAAGAAAUGGGAAUGA